CGAAGUUUAACGGUAACCAGUCAAUUAUUAGGAUUUGGCGGGAACCAGGAACAAAAAUAUAAACAGAUAUUGAAAAUAAGAAAAAAGACACGAUUACUUGCUAUUUAUAGAGUAGAGACCAGUAAACCAUGUCAAUGAAAGAUAGUCAUAAACUGUUCCUACAGUCUUUCAUGUCGAGAGGACUACUAGAUGCUAAGGAGGUGCGACAAUUGUACAGAACUUGUUGUCUUAAAUUCAAUGAGAAAUAUGCAGAAAAGGAAGAAGAUCAGAAAGCACAUUUGUUGGAAUUUGUGAGAUCUAUAAAUAGAAAUAUUCAACCGUUUCACAUGGAAAUUAAAAAAGGUGUUAGUGAGGAAGAAGGAAAAAGUUUUUACUGUUUGGUUUGUACCUCAGAUACAAGUAUAACUAAGUUAGCUUCAGACUAUACACAACCAGAAAUGGAAUUCUUCAAAAGGCUGAUUGAAAGCAUUAUAGAUUCAGAUAAUGGUGAGAUAGGUUCAACAUCAGCUAUAAACAGUGUAGAUAAAUUAGAGAAAGUAAACAAGAAAUUGAGUAAACAAGAUGCUCAGAAUUUAUUAGAGAGACUUGAAGCUCAGAAAUGGAUUAAAAUUAGUAGAGGUCGUGUAUCCCUAGCAACUAGAGCCUUAUUAGAGUUAGAACAGUAUAUAUUAGAAGUAUACUCUAAUAUUACAGACAAAUGUAAUGUUUGUAAAAGAUUAUGUGUGAAGGGCCAGUCAUGUGACAGCUGUAAUACCAAGUUGCACUUCCACUGUGCAACCAGAUUCUUCCAAAACAAAGAGAACCCACGAUGUCCAAAUAAAGAAUGUGGUGUUAAUUGGGCACAUGAAAUACCUAACAGAUCUACAGAUGUGGAAAUGCCGUCAACACAACAAGAGAGUCGGAAGAGAAAAACCCGAACUUGAUGUUUUAUGUUUUACUGAUUUCAAUUACUAGUCAGAUUGUUUUUAGAUUUGAUAAAUGUGAAGUUGUUCUGUAUAUAAUGGAUUGUAUAUUAAGGUAGAUUGGGGGUCUUUUUCUGAGCAUCCCUUCUGAUCAUGUUGCAAAAAUUCAUUUUGGUUUAAAAAUAUUUUACCAAGUUUCAUAUAAUAUACAACAAAAACAUCUAAAAGUUUAAGAACUUUUUUUCUAAAAACUUAAAGAUUAAACUAUAAAGAAAUUAAGUGUUGUCAAGUGGAUUUCAAAUAUUUUAAAAAAAAAAUGCUUUUAAUAUCUAGAGCAGAUAAUUAUAUUGA